ACGCACUUCAUUUGUCAAGAAGUUUGGCGAAACAUACUGUAAUUCCUCUCUCUAUACGGCGCCACUAUUUCUCUGAGAGAAGGAAAAAAACAGGAAUGGGGACAUUGAGUGGUGGAAAUGGGAGUCUAUGGGGAAUGGGAUUUUUUCAUUCUCAAGAAUGGAACUUUGAACGAAGGAGAAGAAGAAGCAGUGGUGAAAAAGAAGGUAAAAGCAGUAGUAAUGCAUCAAAAUCCUCACAUGCCGAUGUAAAUGGUGGAAGCGGUUACCGUUUCCCUCUGAAGCAAGCCAUGACUGCUAGCUCUCUUGCCCUUACUGGUGACACCUUAGCUCAGCUUCGUGACCGCUGGCUCAAGAACAAAGACACCCUUCCUAAUCCACCUCAUCCUAAGGAUACGCUUGGUGCUCUCCUAUCUGAGCAUGACUGGCUUCGAUCCAUCCGGAUGGCUUCAUAUGGAUUUUUGUUAUAUGGUCCUGGUACUUAUGCAUGGUACUCGUAUCUUGACAGAUGUAUGCCCAAGCAGACGGUGGAGAAUAUAUUGAUGAAGGUUGUAUUAAACCAAAUUGUACUAGGUCCUGCUGUAAUAGCUGUUAUCUUUGCAUGGAAUAAUUUAUGGCUGGGGAAACUUUCAGAUCUUCCAAACAAAUAUCAGAAAGAUGCCCUUCCAACUCUACUUUUUGGAUUUAGGUUCUGGAUCCCUGUUAGUGUAUUGAACUUUUGGGUGAUUCCUCUUCAAGCUCGUGUUGCUUUCAUGUCGAUGGCUUCUAUAUUCUGGAAUUUUUGGUUGUCAGCAACUAUGAGCAAGUAACUGUUCGUUGAAGUGAUUCACAGGGGAAAGCAGGAUGCGCACUUGAUAUAACAGUCUGUCUGUCAAGACAAAAAUGGUGUCUGGAGGCAAUAGUUGAAACCUUUCUGAUUUUCCAAAUGUGAUUUGCACUUGCGUUCCACAGUGGCUCAGCUGGCACCUCGUUACACAUACAAAAUGUUAGAGAAUUUGUUUCGCCAUUGCUAUAAGUGCUCCAGGAGUGGAGCUUUCUUCCAUUUAUGACUCCAGUACUAUCACGGAAGGCAUUUGAUUGGCUAUUUUGACCAAAUAAUUUCAUUAAUUUACUUUCUUUCUUUGGUUCUUGGCCUUCUUUUCCCCGUUGGGUGUUGGCUCGAGCCAGAUGACAUACAUGCAAAAGGAAGUUUUUGUAGUAUACAAUUUGAAAGCAAGUGCUGCUGCACUUCCAUAUAGGAAGUCAUCAUAUCAAAUUUCUCUGUAAUGGACAGCUUGAGGAUUGAGGAACUCCCUUUUAGAAUGCCAACUAUCUUAAGUGGAAAGUGUUAAUAAAACUUCGCUUUCUGAAA